GUCCCCGGCGCGACCAGAGCGCCUGACGCUGGGGGGCCGUGUGGGCCCUGACUUCCGGAGGGCUGGGCCCUGGUCCUCCGCCACCGCGUGCGCCCCUUAAAGACCCCUGCCCGCCGCCCAGGACGGAUGGCGACCCCGGCCCUAGCCUGUCCCCAGACCCUGGACCAAGGCCCCGGCCCUGCCCCGAACCCCUCAUCCCACCCCCGGGACCCAGGCCCCGACCCUGGCCACCCAGGACACGCCCUGGCCCUUCCCCGAACUCCCACCCCACAGCUGGGAUCAAGGUCCCGGCCCUGCCCGGAACACCCCACCCCACACACGGGACCCAGGCCCCGGCCCUGCCCCGAACUCCCACCCCACACCCGGGACCAAGGUCCCAGCCCUACCCCGAAUGCUACACCCCACACCCAGGACACAGGCCCCGGCCCUGCCCCGAACUCCCACCCCACACCUGGAAUCAAGGUCCCGGCCCUGCCCGGAACUCCCCACCCGACACCCGGGACCCAGGCCCCGGCCCUGCCCCAAACUCCCACCCCACACCCGGGACCAAGGCCCCGGCACUGCCCCGAACGCCCCACCAGGGACCCAGGCCCCAGCCCUGUCCCGAACUCCCGCCCCACACCUGAGACGAAGGUCCGGGCCCCGAAGUCCCAACCCCACACCCAGGACCCAGGCCCCGGCCCUGCCCAGAACUCCCCACCCUACACCCUGAGGAUGGUGACGACUCCGAACUAUAGCAGCAUACUCUACCUACCCCUGAUCAGUUUAUGGAAGAAAAGGAAACCAAACAAAUGGUUUUGCCGUUGUUACUGCUCACCUGGUUUGAUUCAGUGGCGUCGCGGUUGGUCUCUGCUACAGUCCAUUACUCACAGUGCCAGCACACGUUUCCUUAAAAAGCCUCAUCACCAUCCUCCUGCAAUGCGACCUUCACCGGCUCCCCGUUGCCUGCCCAGGAGGAUAAAGUCCAAGUUCUCCUGUGGAAAGAAGACCCUUCACACGCUAGUCCCAGCCUGUCUUCAGCCCAGCCCCCUAUGUUUCCUUUCCUGCCUUAUCCUAAGACAUCCUUACCUUCCAAUCACACUCACUUUCCGAGCAUUUUUGAAGGUAUUGAGGGAGUUGAUGAGUCUACACUUGAAUAAAAUACAGACUUUACACUCCAGACUGCACAGUUGACAGGUAAGUCCACAGUUCAUAGUGUGGACAGUCCUAUACAAAGAAAUGGAGAGGUGCCCCAGCUCCAGACGCUGCACUGCUCUGGAAGUCGAGGGCGGCAUUCUUUUGGAGCCUGAGCACUUAGGUCCUAAUGGAUGUGAGUCCCCUGGCCUCGAAUGUGCUUCCUGUACUUGGAUGUCUCCUUCUGGCGGAAUCUCGCUUAUUUUUCAAGUUACAGCCCAAAUGUCAACCACUGAAGUGUUUUAGACAGUUGAUUUUCCUUCUGGGCCCUAUUAUUAGCACUUGUUUGUAGCUCUGUUGAGCUACAUCACAUCAUACAAUUUUCAGCUGACACUACUGUCAUCCCAAAGAAAUGGUCAGGCCUCAAGGGCAGAGGCAGCGAGGGCAGUGAUCUUGGGACAAAGUCUCUACCAAACAAAUACAGCAUGUGUAUUUCUCUAGCAGAGGCCUACAUUUCAACUGGUGUCUGAGAACAUUCUUUUCUUUUUCUUUUUUCUUUUCUUUUCUUUCUUUUUUUUUUUUUUUGAGUCUCCCUCUGUCUCCCAGGCUGGAGUGCAGUGGCACAAUCUUGGCUCACUGCAACCUGCGCCUACCGAGUUCAAAUGAUUCUCCUGCCUCAGCCUCCCGAGUAGCUGGGAUUACGGGGAUGCACCAUGAUGCCCAGCUAAUUUUUGUUGUUUUUUUUGUUUGUUUGUUUUUUGUUUUUAGUAGAGUCAGGGUUUCACCAUGUUGGUCAGGCUGGUCUCGAACUCCUGACCUCAAGUAAUCUACCUGCCUCGGCCUCCCAAAAAUGCUGGGAUUACAGGUGAACAUUCUUUUAUUUUAUCCCCAAGCAUUUUCUGUGAAAAAAUAAACACUACUUCUCCAAUG